AUGUGCGCGCCUAGACUUGCUUGCUCAGCCCCCCGGGGCCGGUCCAGUAACCUCGCAGAGCCCGCGGAGACUUGCGGCCAACGCCAGAUUCAAAGGGGCAUGGCAGUCUCAUCAGCUGCCCAGAAUUCUGUAUCCCUGUUUCCUAUCAUGCGUUUUUUUUACAUACCCGCGCAUCAAUUCGAGACAAAAUCUUGGAACGCGGCGCGAACGCGGCGGUUCCUGCCCGGUGCCGUAUUCGGCUCAGGCAGCGGGAUCCACAGCCGAGCGGAGGCUCGGUUGGGGUUCCGCGAUCCAACAGCUACCCAACCUUAUGGAGUCUCAAGACUCGGGAAUGGAAAGUCGCAGGCCCGGGGAGAUCGCGCUUUGGAGGCCCGGUUUGGGCUGAUUGUUUGGAAUCCCGGUGGCGCUGAGUUUGAGAUUGGGUCACUGAGCAGUCAAGUUUACAACCUCUGCACAAAAGCCCCAUACCCACAGGGCUCGAGCUCGCUGCGGAUUUCGGGGUUGCAAGUGGAGGGACGCGAAGCCGCGGUUCGUAAGAAACGGUCCACGCGGGGAAGGAGACUUAGUAGUCUUGGGGUGGGGGUCGGUUGCGCUGUGGUCCGUGGCCUCGGCGAAGACUCUACUUCUUGCCUGCGCUGCGACUACUUCGAAAAACUUUCCCUCUACUCUGUGUGCCCUUCGCUGGUUGUGCGACCCAAGCCCCUGCAUUCCUGCACCGGCUCCCCUUCCCUGCGGGCAUAUCCUCUCCUCUCAGUGAUCACCCGGCAGCCUACGGUCAUCUCCCACCUGGUCCCCACCACUCCCGGAAUCGCCCCAGUGUUAUCCCGCCACGUGGCCACUGAGGCUGCAUCUGCUGAGAUCCAGGGUGGCGAGGCUCUAGCCAGCAGCGAGUCAGAGACAGAGCAGCCCACACCCCGGCAGAAGAAGCCCCGGCGGAGUCGCACCAUCUUCACUGAGCUGCAGCUCAUGGGUCUGGAGAAGAAGUUCCAGAAGCAGAAAUACUUGUCCACGCCAGACAGGUUGGAUUUGGCCCAGUCUCUAGGACUCACUCAGCUGCAGGUGAAGACUUGGUAUCAGAAUCGCAGGAUGAAAUGGAAGAAAAUGGUUCUUAAAGGUGGACAGGAAGCACCCACAAAACCUAAAGGUCGUCCCAAGAAGAACUCCAUCCCUACAUCAGAAGAGAUUGAAGCUGAAGAGAAGAUGCACAGCCAGGCCCUGAGCCAGGAGAGCCUGGAGCCCUCACAGGAACAGGAGGAGCCCUGCACACAGGAACUAAAAUCGUGUGACGUCCCCUUGGAGGUGGCAGAGUCACCAGGCCAGCCCCAGGAGCUGCCAGGAGCCUCUUCCAAACCCUUGCCAUUAAGCUAAAAUAAAACUCUUUUGGGGGAAGGGAGACUGGGAAGAAGGGAAAAGUGAAGGCAGGGAGACUAGGGAGAGAAACACUUCUAACACCAGCUGAGGGAGAAGAGAUACACUUGCCUCCUACCCUCCUACAGUUCUCUGCGCCUUCAUCGCAAGCAUCUGAUGAAGACUUGCUUGUCUUAAGCCUUCCUCUUCCUGGAAGGCUGUGUAAGCCAUAGAUGCCCUUGAUUGAGAGAGACAGUGCCUUGGAGCUCCUGUCCCUGUAGGGGUGAUGGCUGUUGGGCUGGGUAGACGCACCCCAUCAGCCUGCAGUGGAGGGUAUCACUCACCUGCUCCCUCCCCGUGGGCAGUCAGUCAUCAAGUAGAGAGAGAGAUGGAGGCUCUUGGACAGCCUGCCCAGGCUUCUUGCUGACUCAGCACUUAUUUCUGUAGGUUUAAUGUUUUGGGUCUUUCUUUGGGGUGGGAUAGAGUUGGAGGAAGGGAGUUGUGAAUUCUUAGAAAUGUUUCUGGAUCAUGUUUGUUUGGAGACGUGUGCCUUUGUACCCAUUAUCAGAUGGUCAGGUGACCAGUAACUGAUAAGCCUUGUUUUUCUUGCUUCUUUAAGUUG